AUGGGCGACACAAUCGAACACCACGAUAUUAUAAUCUUGGGCGCUGGUCUAUCCGGUAUCAAUGCAGCCCAUGUCCUCAACGAGAAACUCCCUAAGCGCUCCUACACGAUCCUCGAGGCUCGAGAAGCCAUUGGCGGAACAUGGCGCUUCUUUCGAUAUCCAGGCUUCCGAUCCGACUCUUUCAUGACCUCAUUCGGUCUACCAUGGCAUCCUUGGAAACACGAACACAAGAUGGCGCAGGCUGGAGAGAUCGUUGAGUAUCUUGAGGAGGCUGUUGAUGCUGCUGGUAUAAGAGACAAGAUUCGGUUCAAUCAUAAGAUGGUGGCAUGUGAAUGGCGGACCGAUAAACAGAAUUGGAGGCUAGAUGUUGAUGCUGAUGGGCAGCGCAAGACGAUGAUCGCGAACUUUGUCAUUAGCUGUGUGGGCUACUAUUCGUACGACAAGGCCCUCCAGACCACAAUUCCUGGUAUCGAGAAUUUUGGAGGCCAGGUGGUUCAUCCUCAAUGGUGGCCUGAAGACCUUGACUACUCGGACAAGCGUGUCGUUGUCAUCGGAUCAGGAGCCACGGCAAUCACAAUCGUUCCAUCACUCGCCGAAAAGGCAAGUAUGGUGACACAGCUUCAGCGCAGUCCAUCCUUCGUCAUUUCUCGACCUACGACCUCCAAUCUCGACUUCUUCCUACGCACGAUCCUUCCCUGGUCAUGGGCAUACUGGCUCAUAUACUGGAAAGAUGUAUUGAUGGAACUCGCCGCCACCCAAUUGCUCUUGAAGUUCCCCAAUUUCGGCCGCAGGAUUCUGAUGGGAGAAAUGCGGAAGGAAUUGCCAAAAGACGUUGAUGUCAACGUUCACUUCAAUCCCAGCUACAACCCUUUCGAACAGAGACUAUGUAUGUGUCCCGAAGGAGACUUCUUCAAGGCGUUGCAUAAGGACAACUGUGAGAUUGUGACAGACACUAUCCAAACAGUCACGAAGGAUGGCAUCCUUCUUAAGUCUGGUCGCAAGCUCGAAACCGACAUCAUCGUCACAGCAACAGGUUUACACUUCCAGCUCUUUGGUGGUAUUGUCCCAUCAGUAGAUGGAAAGUCUAUCGAAGUCGGCUCACACUAUACCUGGCGCGGCUGCAUGGUCGAUUCCCUUCCUAACAUGGGCUUCGUGAUGGGUUACGUGACUACCUCGUGGACACCCGGUGCUGUUCUCAUGGCUAAGAUGUUGACAAGCGUCAUCAAGGAGAUGGAGAAGAAGGGAGCAACAAGUGUGAUGCCUGUACUUGAUGACAAUGACAGACUUAAGCCGAAGAAGUUGCCUGUUAAUGCCACGAGUAACUACUUUGUCAAGGCUGCUGAACGAAUGCCUAAGGUUACUAACGAAGGCCCUUGGUACGGACGUGUGAACUUGGCUAAAGAUUGGUUUGCGUAUAUGAGUGGGGAUGUGACCAGUGGACUUCUCUAUGGCGGGGGAGGAAAGAAGAAGGAUAUUUAA